AUAGGAGAAAGAUCUGGCCAUCUGGCCUAAAAUACUAUUCGCCUUGGCUGCAGCAGUAGCACACUGUUUAGAGGGUUUAAGAUCCUCCUGUAUCAUUACACCAACAUCUUUCUCUUUGUCUGAAACCUCCAGAUUUACACCAUUCAUUUGGUACCCAUAUCUUGGAUUAUUCUUUCCAAUGUGUAAAACUUUACAUUUUGACUCGUUGAAUUCCAUCUUCCAGUCCUGUGCCCAUUGAGUUAAAACAUUGUAGUGCUUCUCUAUCCUUAUCUGUAUUAACUUUCCUUCCAGCCUUAGAGUCAUCUGCAAACUUGGACAGAAAAGUUUGGGCAUCUUUAAUUACUAGGUCAAGUAUGGUUAUAUAUAUAACAAAACACAACGGUCCAAGGACACUCCCUUGGGGCACUCCAGACCAAACUGGUUUCCAGGCUGAUGAUUUAUUAUUGUAAUAAACUCUCUGUGAUCUAUCGUUUAACCAGGAGAUGAUCCACUGUAGGAUUUUGCCUUUGAUACCAUGAGCUUCCAAUACUUUUGCAAGAUGUUUAUGUGAGACCUUGUCAAAUGCCUUGGCAAAGUCAAGAUAUAUAACAUCGACUGAAUCCCCUUCAUCUAUAUUGGUGAGUAUUGUCUCUAGAUACUCAAGUAGGUUUGUUAAGCAUGAUUUUUUCUUCAUAAACCCAUGCUGUGAACUGUGUAUGAGUUUAUUCGUGUCAAGGUGGUUAACUAUUCGGUCCUUUAGUACUGACUCCAUUACUUUGCAUAUCACAGAUGUUAGGGAGAUUGGUCUGUAGUUUCCUGCCUCAAAUCUGGACCCUUUCUAGAAGACUGGGACUAUAUUUGCAUUUUUCCAGUCUUUUGGAAGAAUUCCUGUAUCUAGUGAUUUCUGGAAUAUCAUUUGGAGUGGGGCAGCAACCUCAUCACUUGCUAUAAUUAAGAUCCUGGUUCUUAUGUUGUCAGGCCCAGCAGAGGAAAAAGGCUUGAGCUUCUUUAAUUUCUCCUUGACAUCAUUUACUGUGAUUAAAACAUCAUCAAUUAUUUGGUCAGUGAGGUCUUCAAUGUUGAUAUUUUCGUCAGAGUUUUCCUCCUUAGUAAACACUGAGCCAAAGUGAUUACCUAGUUUAUCACAGAUUUCUUCACAAUCUGUUACUAAUUUUCCUUCAUGCUUCAAUGGUCCAACUGCCACUCUGUUAGAUUUUUUAGAAUUUAUAUAAUUAUAAAACAAUUUGGGAUUAUUUUUUAUUUCUCUGGCAAGUCUUCUUUCAUAGUUCUUUUUGGUGUUUCUUAUUUGGUUUUUUACUUGUCUUACCAUAUUUUCAUACUCAGUCUUGUCCUCCAUGCUGCUGUAUUUAUUGUAUCUCUUCCAAACUCUUCUCUUUUUUCGGAUGAGCUGUAGCAAAUCCCUAUUCAUCCAAGGUGGCUGAUUGUUCAAUUUUUUUACCUUCUGAGAAACAAAUUUGUCCAUACAUUCAGAUAGUUUGUUUUUAAAAAGAUUCCAGGCUUCUUCAAUGUCCAUGUUGUGUAGUUCUUCCUGCCAAUUAAUGUUGCAUAAGAACUCUUUUAGACUAACAAUGUCCGCAUUUUUCCAGUCACUAAAAUAGCUGGUUUUGUUCUUAGUUGGUACUUCACCUCUUAUGUGAGUUAGGAUCAUUCUGUGGGCACUUGAUCCAAGUUUUCCUAGGUUUUCACAGCUAAUGACAAGUUCUCCCUGUGUUAAGACCAGAUCCAAGGUUUUUCCAGAAUUGUGAGUAGGAAAAUCUAUGCACUGCUUUAGAAAUUUGUCCUCAACUAGUUCUAAAAAGUCUUUACUUAUUAUAGCUCAUGCAGUUCUAUUUUUCCAAUCUAUGUCCGAAUAGUUAAAAUCUCCUAUUAGGACAGAUUGUUUAGGAGAAUUUUUAAUUGCUUUCAAAAGAUUGUAAUUAUUCUCAGUCACAUUUUCACCUUUAUAAAGGUUGUGUGGUCUAUAGAUCAAAAAUAAAUGAAAAUAUGAGUGAGCAGUAGAUUUGAAUUUAAUUCCACAACACUGGUUAAAAUCCUUCAUCUCUUUGCUUUCAAACUCACAUGCUCCAAGGCUAGUUUUUGCAUAGAUUAAAAGACCUCCUCCUAUUCCCUUAUUUGUAUCCUUACGAUCCUUUCUACAUAUUAUGUCAUAGUUAUUAAUACCCAAAUAUGCACCUGAGUGUUCUGCAUUAGUCCAGGUUUCAUUGAUACAAAUAACAUCAGGUUGCAGAUCACAGGCUAAUAUAUUUAGUUCAUUUAUUUUUUUAUUAAACUUUGAGCGUUGGUGUAUAAAAUCUUCAUAGCUCUACAUGAUAGUGGAUUGUCUUGCGUAUCAUUAUCUAGUCCUCCUCCACCUCCUCCCUGUCCUCCAGCAUCAUCACGUUCUCUGAGAGACUUGAGUUUAUUCUUUUCCUUGGUUCCCCCCUGCCUGGACUGGGUGGGCCCUUUCUUUUCCUGUGAGUUGAUGAUUGUUGGCUUUGAUUGAUUUUUAUCUUUACUUUUAUCAUUCUUUUCUCUCCCUUCCUUCCAACAAGUUGAUACUUGAAGUUUAAAGAGUCCUGCUCGCUAAGUUGGCUGUUCAGCUUCUCAACUUCUUUUAUCAUAUCAUCUUCAUCCUUGCGCUGCUCUUUGGUAAGGUCUGGAACUAUGCCAACACUUGAAUAUUUCUGGCUUUUCUGUAGGUUUCUGGCUUUUGAGAGAACAGAAUUUCUGUGCUGGCCACUGAGAAAACCCACUAGGAGUGGUCUCCCUGAGUUUUUCUUAUCUCCCAAUCUAGAUAUGAACUUCACUUCAUUAAUUGUUACAUUAGAGCCUAUGUCCUGCAGGACUUGUUCCAGAUUUAGCAUAUCUUUAUCUUUUCGCUCAUAACCUGAUUUAAUAUUGUCUGGAGCUUCAGGAAGCUGGUGGAUAACAAUAUUUUUCUUUCUCAUCUCCUGAUCCUUAAGCUCAGCUCUCAUGGCUUUUCUGGUGUCUGAACAUGAGCUUUUCAUAUCUCCUUUAAGUUUAUCCACAUCAAAGCGGACAGCUUUAAGAUUAGUCUUGAUAUUCUCCCUGUCUUCAUCUCCAAGAUUGACUUUUUCCUCCAGUUUAUUCACUUUCUUAUCUAUUUCAAGGCACAUCUUGCUCAGCUUAAGUGAAGCUGCACCGCAAGAAUUACAGGUCCAGUUGAUUCCUCCUCCUGUCCUGGCCUGUUUGCACAGCUCUUGAAAAAGGACAUCAGAGAUGUCUGCACAAGACUUGCUUUACCGCUGAGGGACUCUUCCUAUAUAAGAGCUAGUGGAGACAUGUCUUACCGCUGCGGGACUCUACAGAUAUAUGGAAUAUGAUUUAAUAUAAAUAAAUAUUAACAGAUAUAUUUGUACCAAUAAAAUGUGUCAUGUUAAACCACCCACUUAUUCAAGACCUUGAGAGAUAGAUAUUAUACACAAGAUGAGAGGUUUAGGUAAAUUAUGAAUUGGUACUGGGAAUGAAAGUGAAGUCUUGUAUUAACCCUCAAAGAUGAAAGGCAAGGAUUGGUCUUGAUUUCCCUAGGAUUUAUGUUUGGGAUUGUAACGAUAUCAAAGGAUUAAAUGUUACAAUAUUUCAGAAGGAUGGGUCGGGAAACCGAGCUGGGUUUUCUACCUCAAAGGGAAAAUAUUUACAACCAGAAGUUGCCUCGGAGCCGAGAUCAGGACAAGGAUUCUAAUAUUUAUCUUAAGGAGAUAAAACUCAACCUAUCUCAGGCUGUCGUCAACAACGAUAUAUCACAUGGUGGUGUAAAGUGGGUUGUGAACCUACACAAGUAUAUAAUCCUGUAUGGAUUGAAGAUGAGUAAAGAGGAUCAUGUUUACUUGAUUAAACUACUCUUCGGUCUACUCACUACUAAGCAUGUAGACUCAGUAUCCCUAGACAAGUUUGCUAAGGUUCUGUAUGCGCUGAUGAAGAAGAAAUAUCUUAUAACCAGAGCAGAUCUAAUCCUACCCUGGGAACCUUUAUUUGAUCUAUACAAGUAUUGGGAGGAUUCAACAUUAGUUCUGCGAGGCCUGGUUAAACCUGCAUCAGGGUUCAAGGCUCAGCUGAAAUCUAUAAUCAAGGUAUCCCGUGGAUAUUUUACUAUCGAGUCUACUCAGGAGAUGAUGGAUAAAUGGAGGCAUCUGAUGUGCCCUCAUGACAGGAGUAUAUGUUCUGCAGUAAAGUACUUCUCUUUGUUUCUGCCGACUAGUCGGGGUAUACCCCCCGACAAGUCCUGGAAGAUCUGGCUCCCGGAGCUCAACAUGUUCUGGAGCACCUGGGGGAACUCACCCAACUGGGAGGUCGACAUACUUAAACUCUACGCCAGGCUAGCUGUACAUCAGAUUGGAGAAUUAGAUUGGGAACCAUAUAUGGGAGAUCUAUAUACCAGGUUUAUGGUUAGUUUCAACCUACCAGUAACAUACGGAGGAUCCGGUAUCCGGCUUAAACACGGGAUAUCAGGACAACCUUGCGUAGGCAGUAUUUCACAGUGGAUAGUAUCUACCCUUGGUCCGGGCUCCUCAGGACAGCGGUAUCUAUCCCGACUACUGGUAGCUCUACAAAGCUACUUUCAUCCAGCAAAUAUUAAUAAUUCUAGUGAACUUCUUCAUGUUUUCAUCUCCUUACUCACUACACAGUUCAUCAAUAGAGUACAUACAGAGAGAUUUAACACGAAGUGGGUUUGCAAGGUUGCUCCAGAGAAGAGAUUAACAGAUGAAGAUAUCAAGGAGUUUGUUUUAUCUGUGAAACCAAUAGCAUUUCAUGUACUGUACAACAGCUACGAGGAUGAAGCAAGGAAUGUAUUUGCCAACCUAUCUCUACUGCACCCUGAGCUAAUUAUCCCUGACCUACUGGAUAAUCUUAUAUUCUAG